AUGGAGUACCCUUUUUCGAAUAAAGAGAAGAAUACUGGAUAUUGGCCUUCACCAAGGGGUCAGAUGGAGGGUAUGGAUAUGACAUAUAUGGAGAAUGGCACGCGGGGCUCUAAUUUGGAUGGUUCAUUUAGUAACAUUGCAGAAUUUAUGAAUGUUGAUUUGAAUGGGGGAUGGUGCAACAGCCCCAAUAACGUUUCAGAUCACUUGUUUCCCUCUUUUGCAAUAUCGCCUCAUAAUUCGACAGUAACAAAUUUUGUGCCUUUCAAUGGGAUGAACUUCACAGAGCAGUACAGUCCCAGGGUGCCCAUGGUAGAAGGUGAUAUUGUGGGAAGCAUGUCUAGUAUGGGAGACAAAAUGCUGCUUCAGCCAAUGCACAGCCAAUUAAAUUUCCCAGUGGAUUCUGCUAGUAAUGGGGUUGAUGUAAGCCAGAGGAGAGGUAAUAGCUCAGCCCAGCAGACUGCGGUUUCUGAAAUAGGACAUAUUACAAUCCCUAGACUUCCUUCACAGUCCUUGGCUGAGAAAAUGCUCAGAGCAUUAUAUCUAUUUAAAGAAUGGUCUGGAGGGGCAGAAUCAAGACCAGGUUCUUUCCCAGGGCUUCCUGGCCGUGUCUUUACCUCGAAGAUACCAGAGUGGACGUCAAAUGUGGCGUACUAUAAUAAAGAAGAGUACUUGAGGGUUCAAUAUGCGAUUGAUCAUGAAGUCCGCGGAUCUGUUGCCUUACCUGUGUUUGAGGAUGAUUCACCUGCAAGGUCGUGUUGUGCAGUCCUAGAAUUGGUUACUGUGAAGGAGAAACCCAAUUUUGAUUCGGAGAUGGAAAAUGUGCGUUGUGCCCUCCAGGCAGUGAAUUUAAGGAGCACUGCCCCUCGACUCUAUCCCCAGUGUCUUUCAAAGAAUCAAAGGGCAGCUUUAGCUGAGAUAACUGAUGUUUUACGAGCUGUUUGCCAUGCGCAUAGACUGCCUCUUGCUUUGACAUGGAUUCCUUGCUGUUACAAAGAGGGGGCUGAUGAUGAAACUACAAGAGUACAAAUUAGAGGAUGCAACACAAGUUCUGAUGAAAAAUGCAUACUGUGCAUUGAGAGUACAUCCUGUUAUGUGAAUGAUAGAGCUAUGCAGGGAUUUAUGCAUGCAUGUAAGGAACAUCAUCUUGAGGAGGGACAAGGUAUUGCUGGGAAAGCUCUACGAUCCAAUCACCCCUUUUUCUAUUCUGAUGUAAAGGAAUACCACAUAAGUGAGUAUCCUCUUGUUCACCAUGCCCGGAAAUUCGGCCUAAAUGCUGCUGUUGCAAUUAGGUUAAGAAGUACAUAUACUGGUGACGAUGACUAUAUACUAGAGUUCUUUCUCCCUGUCAAUAUGAAAGGGAGUACAGAACUGCAGCUAUUGCUAAAUAACCUCUCCAGUACAAUGCAGAGGCUCUGCAGGAGUUUGAGGACAGCGUCAGAUGCAAAAUUACUUGGGCUAGAAUCUAAGGUUGGACUACAGAAAAUGGAAGUUCAAAGCAUUCCACUGAGUUCAUCGUCCAGGAGGAGCUCUGAACAGUCACUGAUAGAUGGCAAUUUAAACUCUGGUGAUCAGUUACCCCUGAAUGUAUCAGAUUCAAAGACUACUGGAAUGGAUACUAACGGUCCUCUUGACCAGUCAAUUGCUAGAUCAAGGAGACGGAUGGAGAAGCAGCGAAGCACAGCUGAGAAGCAUGUCAGUUUAAGUGUUCUUCAGCGGUACUUUUCUGGUAGCUUGAAGGAUGCAGCGCAAAGCAUUGGUGUAUGUCCAACUACGCUCAAAAGGAUAUGUAGGCAACAUGGCAUCUCAAGAUGGCCAUCCCGCAAGAUUAACAAAGUGAAUCGUUCUUUGAGGAAAAUACAGAGCGUCCUUGACUCUGUUCAGGGAGUGGAAGGUGGAUUGAAGUAUGAUCCAUACACUGGGGAGAUUGUGGCUGCAAGCUCUAAACAAGAUUUUGAUCAGCAAAAGAGUGUUAUCUUCCCCAGUAGAAGUCAAUCCGUCGGAAAUCCCGAUUCAUUUAUCCAGGGUGCCAUCCCGGAUACUCCAUCUUGCACUGAUGUUGACGGUGGCAUUGUGAAAAUGGAAGAAGGGUGUUUUGUGUACAGAAAUAAAGUGGCAAGGUCAAAUGUGCCGAGUCCAAACUCUUUCACUGGAGUGUGUAAAAUAGAUGCACUUAUGCCUGAAACCUCUGAUGAAUCCAAAUUGGCUGCACUAGAUACCGGGCCGUCCCAGCCUGCUAGUCUUAACACCAUGCCUUGGGCAUCUUCUCGGAAGUUUCCAUCAGAAGGAUGCAAUCAGUGGGAGCUAAACAAUAGCAUGAAACAAGAGGCUUCCGAGUAUCCCUUCUCUUCUCGAAGCUCAAUCUCCGUUGCUGCUGGCAAUGACAUAUACACUACGUUUAAAGGUGAUAUUGGAGUGGAUGGUGAUGCAGUUUUUGAACAUAACCAGCCCACCUCCUCAGGAAUGACAGAAUCAUCCAGUGGGCCGGGCUCAACAAGGAAAGGCAGUUCAUCAAGCUCGAGAAGUUGUGGUGAAAAGAAGAAUUCUCAGACUGAGGCAAGCUGCGGAGAAAGUGGGUCAAAAAUUACAGUCAAAGCUACUUAUAAAGAAGACACAAUUCGGUUCAAGUUCGAGCCUUCUGCUGGAUGUUUUCAACUGUAUGUAGAAAUAGCAAAGAGGUUCAAACUAAAUACAGAGCAGUUCCAGAUCAAGUAUCUUGACGAUGAAGAGGAAUGGGUGUUGUUGGAGGCUCUUGAUCUGCUAUGCACAGACUGCAUUGAUAAUUUGUCACAGUUGGUUCCAGCAAGAGACCCACGUCCGAAACAAAGUGGGCAAAAUGAAUGA